AUGUAUCGUCCUCCUUCUUCUUCUGGUUCAACUUCUUCCUCCUCUUCUCAGCAACAACAAAGCUCCAUAAGCCAGACAGGUCUCACAAGAUACGGUUCUGCACCCGGUUCUCUCCUCACCAGCACGGUUGAUGCUGUCUUAGGAGAUUCGCGCCUUCUCCCGGGGACUGGACAUUAUUUCUCCGGUGACUCCAAUCACCAGCAACAACAGCAACAGCAGCAGCAGCAACAACAUCAGCAAAGAUCUUCUUACGAAGGCUUUGACGGAUCAUCUUUGGUCCGUCAGAAAAGCUCUCCCGCCGGUUUCCUCAACCAUCUCGCCACUCUCAAUCAUAAUAAUAGCGCGGGGUUCACAAUCACCCUAGGCGGAAAUGGAGGAUCAAGAUUGAAGUCUGAAUUGAGCUUUACUGGAGGAGGACAAGGACAAGAAUGUCUUUCCAGAAUUUCCGAAAACGGCGUUGAUUAUGCUGCAGGAAAUGGAUCAUUGCAUAGUAGCAACUGGGGUGUAGGACCUGAUAAUAACAAUAAUAAUAAUAAUAAUAAUAACAACCAUAGCAAUUCGAAUUCUAUAGUGUUUUCUUCUUCUGCUUCUCAAAAUCAAACUAAUAAUAAGCGUAGAAACGACGACGAUCCUGAUCUUCUUCUUCAUUGCCUCAACGCCCUCGAAACUCAGUAUAGUCUUCCUCAAACUUCUAUGGAGAUGGACAAGCUUAUGCAUAUUCCACAAGAUUCCGUCCCUUGUAAAAUCCGCGCCAAACGUGGCUGUGCCACGCAUCCCCGAAGCAUUGCCGAACGGGAGAGAAGAACUAGAAUAAGUGGAAAAUUGAAGAAAUUGCAGGAUCUUGUGCCUAAUAUGGAUAAGCAAACAAGUUAUUCAGACAUGCUAGAUUUGGCAGUUCAACACAUCAAAGGUCUUCAAACUCAAGUUCAGAAACUUCACGAAGAUCUUGAGAGUUGCACUUGCGGAUGCAAACAAAGUACAUAA